GCUUCAUUUGGAUUUACAAAAUCUAACCAAAACCCAAGAUUCAGAUCAGAUCACCCAUCAAAAUGAAAUGGGCAUUUGGAGUUGGAAAUUGGGAAUUAAUUUGCACAAUAGUGUUUCUUGGAUUCUUAUUCUACAAGUAUUUCAUGGUCAGAAGAUAUGGUUUGAAUAAUAAACCAGCGGAGAGCGGCCUGCAACCGCCGAGAGGCACCGCAGGGUGGCCGUUGAUCGGAGAAACAAUAGAGUUCAUUGCCUCUGGUUACACUUCUCGUCCGGUCAGUUUCAUGGAGAAAAGAAAGUCUCUUUAUGGGAAGGUGUUCAAGACACACAUUUUGGGUCGACCGAUCAUCGUAUCGACUGACCCAGAUGUGAACAAAGUUGUCUUACAGAACCAAGGCAAUGUUUUCAUACCGAGUUAUCCCAAAUCGGUCAUUGAGUUACUUGGUGAAUCUUCAAUAUUGCAAAUGAAUGGAGGUUUACAAAAAAGACUGCAUGCCAUUGUUGGUGGUUUCUUGAGGUCUCCUCAAUUCAAAGCGCGAAUAACCAAAGAUAUUCAGAACUCAGUCAAACUCACAUUGUCCUCUUGGAUGGACCGCGAAAAUCCACAACAACCUCUUUACCUUCAAGAUGAAACCAAGAAGAUUACUUAUGAAAUUCUUGUGAGGUUGUUGAUGAGUGUGGAGCCUGGUGAAGAUAUGGAGUUCCUCAAGAGAGAAUUCAUGGAAGUCAUCAAAGGCUUGAUUUGUUUACCCGUCAAACUCCCCGGUUUCAGAAUGUAUAAAUCUCUCCAGGCUAAAGAGAGAAUGAUAAAGAUGGUGAGAAAGAUAGUAGAUGAUAGGAAAACCGCAAUGGAGAAGAGCGACGCAAAAGGUUCGGGUUUGCCAAAUGAUGUGAUUGAUGUGUUGCUAAGGGAUACGGGUGAGUCGGAUGGGACCCAACAACGGCUACCGUUGGAUUUCAUCAGUGGGAACAUCAUAGAGAUGAUGAUCCCGGGGGAGGACUCAGUGCCCAUGAUCAUGACCCUUGCUAUCAAAUACCUAAGUGACAAUCCUACGGCUCUCGCUUGUCUUGUGGAUGAAAACGACAAAUUAAAGAAACGAAAGGAUGAAUCGUGUGAAGAGUAUGCUUGGACGGAUUAUGUGUCUUUGGAGUUUACUCAAGGCGUGAUAAGUGAAACUCUUCGAAUGGCGAAUAUCAUCAAUGCGAUAUGGAGAAAAGCUCUUGAAGAUGUAGAAAUUAAUGGCUAUUUGAUCCCGAAAGGAUGGUGUGUUUUGGCAUCGUUGACUUCUGUUCAUAUGGAUGAAGAGAACUAUGAAAAUCCUGAUGACUUUGAUCCAUGGAGAUGGGAGAAAAAUGGAGUGAGUGUUAAAAGCAACAAGUUUACACCAUUCGGCGGUGGACAACGGUUGUGUCCGGGUUUGGAAUUCUCGAGGCUCGAAAUCAGUAUUUUUCUUCAUCAUCUUGUAACGACGUACACUUGGGUUGCCGAAGAAGACCAAAUCGUGUAUUUUCCUACAGUUAAGACGAGACGGAAGCUACCAAUCAUCGUGACACCGAGAUGAAGAAAUCAUUGAGGGAACUGUUGAAAUUAUUAUAUAUUUGACAAAUAGUCCAAGUCAUUUGUUUGGACAUAUAAUGUGUACACAUGUUUUUUGAGUUUUUGGUUCUCAUCAAUUUCCACAUAUCUAGUUUGAAACCAAGGAAAAUUAAUCAAAAUAAUCUUGAAUGAGUA